AUGACACGCCCGGUCGCCAGCCAGACCACCGCGGCCGUCAUCAGGUUCUCCUGCCUCUUUACAUACGACAUCAAACGAAAAGCGAAGCGAUGGCAGGACGGGUUUCUCCGCUUUCACACGUUUAAUCGGCGGGUGAUGGUCUACGGCACGUCCGGAGAUUUUGUCGGGGACCUACACAUGCGGGAGAGCAGUACCGUCCAGGAUGGUGACCAGCUGGAACUGGAGCGGGGUGUUCUCGUCGAGGUUGGCGAGUGCUUGGAGAAAACGGAGACCGAUCUAACUGAACUGCUGGAGAAGAGGAAGACAAACUCGACUGCAUCGCCUGCGAGGACGAUGAUUCAGCAAACUCCUGCCGCCGCCGCUGCUGCUGGGGUGGUCGCGAACCCUGCUAGACCGAAGUCGUUGAAUGAGCUGCUGGGGAAGAAUCGCGGCCCACUGGGGAGAGCCGUGCUCCCCACAAAGUCGCCAUUUCAGCUGCAGCGUGAGAAUGAUCAAGACCAGCAUGACCAUGCCGCGGACCGGCCGACCAAGAGAAGAAAGCCAUCCCCGGUGGUUGAGAGACAGCGGGAAGGCGACGCCAGCAUUGCCUCGAAAAAUCUUGAACGAAUCUCCGCGCGUAAAAUAAAUGACGGGGGAAGUACCGGAAUAAACCUCGCAUCUACUACGAAGCCAAACCAGAAUGACACAUCCGGUGGUUUCCAGCCAGCCAGCGCGCUCAAGAUCACUUCUUCAAGCCGUGCAGAGCAUGGUCGCAAAGGAUCCAAGAAAGCCCUGUUGGGCAACCAGAAAGCGAUUACCGCCAUGUUUCAUGGAGAUAAGCGCGACAUAACCUUUCCAUCGCCAGUGGAAAACCCACGCAAGAAGCUCAUGUGUUUAGAGAUAUCGAAGAAACCCAAGACAGGAAAGAAACCAGCCCAGAGGGAAUCCACUGGCAGUUCCUGGAACACAUCUAUUCCGGGAGGUGGAAUCGAGCCUUCCUCUGGUAGCUCUGUAACUCCCUUGGGAGGGCUGUCCAGGUCUGAGGGCGAGAAGAUGGCGGUCUUGACCCCAACGGGCGGAAACUCUCCUAUGGACUACAUUCCAUCCACCUCUACGAUGCGCGUUCUCGAAGAAUCUUUUCAUGUAUCUGAAGCUCCUCCGAGUUCCCAGAAGGCUACGAGGUCGAUAUCAGAUUUCUUCAAACCUAACCCACCGCCACCAGCAAUACAAGAAGAAGAAAAGGAAAAUACCAGGCCAUCACCGAAAUCACCAUCGCUGUUACGGAGUCAUUCAGAUAUUGAAGCUCUUGCGCAGCCAACUGAAUCUACUACCCUUCUAUCAAAUCCCGCCCCUCCACAUAGACACAGAACCGCGGCCAACGGCCUCCAGAAAUCCCUAUCAGAUACCUCUGCGCUAAGAUCCAGGUCGAGUCGCCCUAGUCGCAGCUUACAGACUCGGCUGAUGACAGUUAGUGGCAGUUGUACGCCUGAUAGUUCGAGGAAUGACGAAGAGCAAGGGCCAUGGACGAGUGAGGCUCUUGAUUUAUUCGAUUGGUGGCCACCCAAUCGACCGAAGCCUGGAGAACGACAAGAAUUAUAG